AUGUUGGAACAAUGCCGUGACCCGUCGUCUAACUCCAACCCUGAGUACUUCUUAACUCGACAUGUGAACUUCGAUUGGACCAUCGACUUUAACACCAAGACGAUUUCGGCCUCUGUCGCGUACGAAAUGAUUCCUUUCGAUUUGCAUACCGCUCCCGACCAAAUGUUGGUGUUUGAUGUCAAAGAUCUAGAAAUAGCAAAAGUUUGUGUAGGUGAAACCGAGACGAAAUGGUCAGUAACUGACGGCCCUCAUCCGGAAUUGGGCAAUUGCCUCAAAAUUCAUCUUCCUGGUCAAACAUCAAAUUUCACUCUGCACAUAGAAUAUCGGACAUCGCCACAGUCAUCGGCCCUGCAAUGGCUAGAUGCUGCAAUGACCGCCGACAAACAAAAACCCUUCCUCUUCACCCAAUGCCAGUCCAUUCACGCCCGAAGCCUCUUCCCCUGUCAGGAUACACCAAGAGUGAAAUUUUCAUUCAACGCUACUGUGAGUCCUGAAAUUCGUGACGGAUUGAUCGAAUGCAGUGCCUUUGUUCACUAA